GGUACCAAAACGAUUUGUAAUCCGAAGAAAUCGAACUCGAACUCAGAAAAAAAAAAAAAACUCGAAAAACUGUCGCUGUGAGAGUUUCGUUGGCCGUGACUGCGUGCGCCCAUGGCGCCCUCCAAGCUCGCCAUUCCCUCGAUUUUUCUUGCCCUAAUUUUCUCCCAGAUUCGGGCUCAAGCUCCAGGACUUGGAUCAGGGUCAGCCGUAUUGCCCGACUCGUUCACUUCGGAUAGGGCGCCCUCCCCAGAAAAAUACGAAAUAAAAAAGAACAAUGAGCCUGUAAAAGAGGAGAAGGUACACAACUUGGAUAAAAUUUCUUCGAUGGAACUCCAACUAAAAAAGAUCAUUGAGCUUAUAAAAGAGGAGGAUGAAGUAAUUCAACAGAAGUCGGAUAGCAUUUCUUCGUUGCAGAGUAAAAUUGAGAAGAUCGAUGAUUUGCUUUCAAAAAUAGAGAAAAAAGUGGAAAUGUGGAAGGCAAAGUUUGAAGCUACUCUAAAAGAAAAUGAGUUAAAUGAGGUGGAAAUGUGGAAGGCAAAGUUUGAAGCUACUCUAAAAGAAAAGGAGUUAAAUGAGGUUAACGAACUUGAAAAGGAAUUGCAACGUAAUGAGAAAGGGCACUUGAAAGACCGGGUAAAUGAAGCCGAGAAGAAGAUCGAUGAUUUGCUUUCAAAAAUAGAGAAUGUUCAAGGGACAGUAAAAGAUUUGCUGAAGAGGCAUGAACCGACAAGACCUCAUGCUACAAAGGAGUUGGAGUGGUUUGCGGCCUCGGCUUUGUUGGCCCUGCUCAUUAUAAUUCUGGUUCAGAACUUUCUCCUGACUUUUCAGCAGUACAAACGCUAAAAAACCUGUUCCAGGUACCAACCAUGCGCGUCGUAAGGCUAAAAGGGGCCAUCCGGAGAAGUAAGCUGCUACUGGCUUUGUUUACAUGUCCUUUUUCUGUGUAUGAUUGAAUCGUUUGUGUAAAAUGUUUGAAACAGUGAUGCACUAGCUAAACGUUAAGAUAAGUCUACGAGUUGGUGGUGUGUAGUGUGGGCAGCUUUUACUUCUGUUGUUGAAAGGCGUGUUUUAGUUUAUUUUUCAGUUGAAAGGUGUGUUCUAGUUUAUCUUUUAGUGUAUUCGGAAUGUAAAUCGACAAACUACAUAUCAAUAUCAUUGUAUAUAAGUGGGGUUUGGAUUAUAUAAAUAGUCUUUAAAUUUACA